CGCCUAUAUAAGGCGCCGCGCAUGCGCUGCUCUGUCUCUGGGAGUGGAUCCGCUGCCGCGUGGCGACUCCUGGCUCACCGCUGUUCGCUGGGCCGCGCCGCCUCGCCCGGGAACAAGUCGGCCAGGAAGAAUCCGCCGCAGCCAUGGCGUUUAAAGAUACGGGCAAAGCCCCUGUGGAGCAGGAGGUGGCGAUUCACCGCAUUAGAAUCACCUUGACCAGCCGCAACGUCAAAUCUCUGGAGAAGGUGUGUGCUGACUUGAUCAGAGGUGCAAAGGAAAAGAAUCUUAAAGUGAAGGGACCUGUUCGCAUGCCUACCAAGACACUGCGAAUCACUACUAGGAAAACACCUUGUGGUGAAGGUUCCAAGACCUGGGAUCGUUUCCAGAUGCGUAUCCACAAGCGUCUUAUUGACUUGCAUAGCCCCUCUGAGAUUGUCAAGCAGAUCACUUCCAUCAGUAUUGAGCCAGGUGUCGAAGUUGAAGUUACAAUUGCAGAUGCCUAAAUGACUGUCAUCAUCAAUAAAAGUUGAUUCCUAAAUUUUUUUUU